GGAAGGCAGUUGAAGAAAUGAAAUAUCCUAGGCAUAUUGAAAGCCUAGCUGAUUUUCAUAUUGUGAAAAUUAGUUGUGGAAGUCUACGCGUGGCAGCUUUAACACUAAAUGAAAUGGUUAUCACUUGGGGUUGCAAUGAUGAAGGUGCAUUGGGUAGAGUUACUAAAAGUGAAAAAAAUCCAAAUGCAACCGACGAGAACGUGCCGGCAUUUGCUCAAGGUCUUGAUGAUGUAGUUAUAGUCAAAGUCGUUUGUGGUACUGGCUUUGUCUGA